AUGGGCGGAUAUUCUAGCACGCCCCGAAAAGGGAAAACCUCGGAGGAAGAAGGAGACGAAAGCUUAUUCUACGCUGCAAGUGGCAUGCAAGGAUGGCGAGCAUCGAUGGAAGACGCUCACAUCGCUCUGCUCAAGGUUCCGCAUGGCCAACCCCCAACUUCGGCUGCUAUAGGCGCUGCACGAAUAGGUCUUUUCAGCAACCAAAGUCACAAGCCCCCGCUCAGAAGGAGCGGCAGCCGAGGCGGUAUCAUCACAGCUGUAGGUGAUUCAAACGGCCCCUCAGCAUCGGGUGCCCAGGCAGCACGACGUCGGGCGGAGACUUUUUCGGCAGGAGACACUGAGGGACUCUCUCAGCAGGGCCGCCUCAAAGAUGAGACAGGCUCACAGCAGACCGCAGCAAUUAGCAGGGAGGGUCCAAGGCGAGCGUCUACUGGGGCAGUGAAAGGGAGGAGCGGCUUCGCAGCCGCGUCAGACGAUAGUGGCGGCGGGGGUGAUGGAAGCAGCUGCGUCGGUGCGGGGUGGAAAGCGGUGGACUUGUUGGAAGAUGCGGCUCUGUUUGGGGUGUUCGACGGACACGGGGGCAAAGCGGUCGCGGACUUUUGCAAGGAGCGGCUACCAGGCCUGCUGGCCGCGUCGCCUGACAUUCGCGCCGGCAACUGGAGGGACGGUUUUCCCCGCGUGUACCACGCCUUGGACGCGCUGUUGAAGUCCGGGGAAGGGCAGGAGAAAACCGGAGGGUGGGGAGGGGCCACCAAGGUUGACGGGAUAGGUGUGGGUUGCACGAUCGUGACAGCCCUGCUGGACCGGAAAAGAGGACAGUGCUACGUGGCGCACGCGGGUGACUCGCGGUGUGUGCUGUGCCGUGCUGGACGAGCCGUGCAGCUGACAAGAGAUCACAAGCCAGGAAUGCCGUCCGAGUAUGCCAGAAUAGUGGCUGCCGGUGGGCAUGUGUCGCGAGCUGGUCGAGUUAACGACAAUUUGAACCUCUCUCGAGCCAUCGGUGAUAUGGUGUACAAAAGAAACCACCUUCGGCAACCGAAAGACCAAAUUAUCUCCGCCGAGCCCGACGUUUGUAGAUUUAUGGUAACCCCCGGCGUGGACGAGUUUUUGAUACUGGCCUGCGACGGAGUGUGGGAGAUGAUGAACACGACACAAGUUGUGGCGUUCGUUCGGUCAGGACUUCGCGCUGGUUCGGCCCCGCGAGAGGUCUGCGAAAGCCUCCUGGAUGCUUGCCUCUCACCCGACCCAAAGGGCACGCGCUAUGCUGGCUGCGACAACAUGACGGUAUUGCUGGUUUUGCUGGAUGGAUGGGAGGGCGCGCUAGCCACCAAGGCCUACACGCCGGCCUUGACUUUUUCCGGGGGCAGAAUCGGGAGCGUCGGAGAGGCUGCUGCAGCAAUGUCUGCGACCCUGCCGAAGAUGCCUCGGCCAUUGAGCAACGCCCGGCCUCCUCUUCCCGCUGAGUUUCGAGCGGCAAUGUCUACCGGGACGACCGCACCAGCCCCUAAACCCGAGAGUGACUCGCAAGCCGCUCAAGAAGCUGGAGCGGCGAACAGAGACAAACCUGCGGCACCUGCACCAGAAACAGAGCCGUCUGGCGAUGGGAACGCAAGCCAAGGAAGCGCGACCGUGGGCGCAACUGACAGUGCGGCAAAAAUGGGCUGGACCCAGCGAAGAAUAGCGGCAGGCAAAGUGGCGCCUCCCCGCACGGCCCACGGAAUAGAGUUCGCACUCGCGUCGUUCUCGGCCCCUUUUGUGGCCAAAGCUCCGGCAGCUGGCUCGCGCAUGAGCACAGGCAGCAUCAACAGCCGCGGCGUUGUUACCGCCGCUACCGGUGCCUCGGCUACCGCUGGUGACUUGGCCACGUCGUCGGUGGCUAAGCAGCGGAAUGCGUCACGAGCGAGCAGCAGUUCCGUUCCCCCAAACGCUCGACGGCGAAACAGCAACCAUCUGCGGUCGGCCACCGCGCCGAUGUUGCCGUCCCCCUUGUGGCACCACCGCCAGCGCCGCGAACCUCCGGAAGAGCGAAUUGCCGCUGCGGCGGCGAUAGCCGUCCUGGCCGAAGUGGGCGCGGCCGGCGCCGUUGCUGCUUCUGCCUUGGCAAAAGAAAACGCGGCGCCACCAUGUCAAAAUCCCAGUGCCAAUGGAAGGCCAGGUGGUAUGGCGGAGGUCGACUCUACCGCAGAGGUAUGCGGUCGAGGCAAGGCCGGGGAGGAGUCAGGCCGGCAAGCACCGCCAUCAGAGGAUGCCGGCUUAGUGUUCGUGCCUGUCGAGCCGUCAGCGACACCUUCAGAGGUAACCGUCACUGCGACUGCGUCUCCUCAUCACCCCACCUAGGGGGCGGAGAGGCCGCACUUAUGACUCUGCCUCGAGCUGGAGACACCGUUUAGGUCAAGGUCGUGUGUCACAUAGUAGGUAGGGGUGCAAGUUUCGUUGGUGCGUCGGUAACAGCCUGAGUCACUUUGUUCGGUAAAUAUGUGCUCAAAGCACUUUUGCCCGUA